GCUGACAGUGGACACGAGGGGCUUUUUUAUUCCACUCAGCAGGGUGACUGGGAAGAUAGAAAAAAGGGAAAAGCACUCCCAACUCUGUGAUUGCCCUGCCUCCCGCAAAACCAAGGUCAAAUCCAAAUCCAAGGGCAGAUCUUUACCAUGGUUUUGCUUGGGCUGGCUCCACAGUCCUUCUCUACUCCAAGCUGGCAGAUUGAGAAACAGUAUUCCACCAGAGUGCUCACUGGAAACUGGGUAGAAGAGAGGGGAAAGUUCACCAAAGCCACUGAGAAGACACCCCAGAGCAUUCACAGAAAGGAGUACGUCCCCUUCCCCGACCACAGGCCUGACCAGAUCUCACGGUGGUACGGGAAGAGGAAAGCUGAGGGGAUCCCGUACAAACACCUGAUCACCCACCACCAGGAGCCCUCCCACCGCUACCUGAUCAGCGCAUACGACGACGAUUACAAUCGGCAUAAUUACAACCCGGGCCUGCCCACUCUCCGCACCUGGAAUGGACAGAAGUCGCUGUGGCUUCCGGAGAAGGUCGACUUCCCCCUUCUCGCUCCGCCCACGAACUAUGGACUGUACGAGCGGCUGAGGCAGAAGUGGCUCCCGCAGGCCGGCCGGAGGGAAAGCACGUACGCCGCCUCCUACCCCUGCCCGCCGCCGGCCGCUCUGUCCAGGCGGGAGCACGCCCUCCCCGUGCCGCCCCCGCGCCUGGACCUCGCCCCGCGCUUCUGAGAAAGGCCGGAGGCCCGCGUCACAGGACUCGCCCGCCCGCCCGCGUGGAGCAGCUGCGGCUGCCAGGUGCCCAGGGCCGGCCCUCUGCAGGGGCCCCAAGCCGGGCGGACCCCAGCCACAGGUUCUGUCCUUCCCCUCCCACAAUUAAAGCUCUCUGACACGAUCGCACGGCGGGAAGCGGGCUCAGGCCGGCGGGGACUCUAGGAGGGUCCUCGAGUUCUGCCCUCGUUUCAGGAGGUCAGGGGGAACCUGAGGCCCAGGGAGUGACGGUCCCCGCGGGGGCUCCCAGCCUGGCGCACUCUCAGGGAGGGUCUGUGCAACGGGAGAAGCAGACCUGCCCACCGGGAAGAAGCCAGGGGCAGCUGGAUGUGCAGAGGAAGGUGGCCACCUCCAGAGCUGGCGAUGAGGCUGGAGCCCAGCUGUCCUUCCACCGCUGCUGAGGCUGGGGGCACGUCACCGGCUCAGAGCAAGGGAAGACUUGUACCGCCUCCCCUCUGCCUCUGAGCUCCCCCAUCCUUCUAGGGAUUCGGGGAGGGGGGAACCUUCUGGUAGGAGGUCAGGGAAUUAGGUGGAUCUGCUGACGAAGAACAGCCCUCUCCCAGGUCAGGAGUCCACUCGACAUGGCUCAUCGGCCUAGGUCUCUUUAAAGGCUCCACCCUGGACCCUCACUCCACCCCCUGAGUCCCUGUCUCACGGUGCCCCAUAAGCCUCCUCCGGGUCCAGGCCCAGCCAGCCCGGUUCCCAGAGAUCCCUUGUUCUGGCUCUGGGUCUCCCUCUCCAAACUUAGAGGAAAGCGCCUCUCGUGAGAGUCAGAAGUCACCUCUCGGCCGUCCCCGUCCUCGGCACCCACACCCAUCCAUUCCAGUGGGUCCAUGCACUCUGGUCCUGCUGCUCGGCCGACAUGCUCUGCCACCAAAACAAAACAACAAAGGGGCCACACAGAGAACUAUUCUCCCGUCAAUCUUGACCUUUUGGCACCUGCUACGGCAUCUGGCAGAUGACCAACAGAAGAAGACACGGGCAGAGAAAGUGUCCAGACUGGCUCUGACCGCAGGUGGAGCGUGCGCGGAGCGGGAGAUGGGCCUAGGGGGCGGGUCGUCUUGCUGGGUCACCAUGAUCUAAGGCAGAACCGCGGUUGCUGGGUCACCUCUGUCUCCAGACGAGGAAACGGGCUCAAAGAGACUGAGCGGCCCCAGGGCGCACAGGCACCGAGAGGCUCAGGGCUGGGAGUCGGAUCCAGGAACUGUGGCCAGGGUGCACGCUGUGCCUUGUGCCUUGCCACAGAUACACCAGCAGAGGCCCUCAGUCCUCCGUGCGCCCGGCUCUGGGCAUAAGCGUGUUUCCGCAAGGAUUUUGAGCUCUAGACAAAUAACCCAAUCAGAGUUGGGAAGCCUGGUCUGUGUGGUCCUGCUCACAGGCCACUGGCUGGCCUCAGGCCUCCGACCCUAGGGUGACUUCAGCACUGACUCCAGUUCCUCCCUUAGUCUUUUGAGUG